CCUCCUGCAUGCUCUCUACUGGGGAUCGAACCGGGAAUCGAACCAUAACCUGGUUCAUAGAUCAACACUUAACCACUGAGCCAUGCCAGGUGGGCUAGACUUAGUUAUCUAGUCCUCGUUUCCUUUCCUCUUACCUUAUUUGUGGAUAUGUACUUCUGAAAGUUUGCUAAACAAAAACAGUAGGGUUUUCCCAAUCCCACCCAGUAAAAAUUUGUAAUACUGAAAAUGACAUUUCAAAGUACAGCUGCUGGAGAGCUUUACUCUUCCCUUUUGAGAAUCAGUGAUCUAAUGAAUAGAUGACAUGUGAAUCCUAUAAUACCAAAGCAGUAUGCAAAAGUAUGAAUGAACAAUAGGACUAGCUCUACCAGGAAGUAUUUGAAAGUGGAGCUUGUUUAUCAGAAUGAAUGUCUAAUUGGUAUGUAUGUGAGGGAGUAUUUUUGAAUAUGGACUUUUUAGAUAUUCCUUUACUGUUUCAAGGGCUUGCUUCCCCCAAAUAAUUUGACAAAAAUAAUGAGAGCCCAAAACUUACAUUUGCGUUCGUGUAUUUAAUUAUCACACGAGGUCUGUGAGAUAAGUAGAGGUACUGCAAACCUAAGGUUAAGUGACCUACCUAAGGUGACAAAACCUAAAAGAGUGAAACUCAAGUCUGUUGAUUAAGUCUAGGCUCCCAGUUACUAUAUAGGAGGUUUACAGUAGGAAAACCUCCAUUAUUCAAGAUCAACUUUUGAUAGCCCGUAACCAUGAGGUACAAACACAUAGAACUCAAGUUCCGCAAGUAUUUAUUUGGGUCCUUUUAUUAUUUGUAGGUAGCUCCGCUUUGAAAUUAAUUUUUUUUCAACUUUAAGGAAUAGUGUGAUGGGAUAUUGGUAGAUAACUAAGGCUGGGUGCUAAAGAAACGAUAGUUGCAAGGAGGUAGUAUUAAUGCAUUAUAUAUACAUGGUGCAUGGUGGACACUGCAGGACCUGCAGAUAGGAGAAUAUCUACCUGGGGAGAAUGAGAACAUCAGAGAGCUCUGCAAAGCGAGGGGGAAGGCAGACAAACUGCAACACUGCUUCUGUGGACUCCAAGAACAGCGCUUUUCAUACCGUUAAGGAUAGCUCUCAGGAAAUAGAGUGAAGAAACUGGGAACAACAUGUUCAGUAAUAGGAGGAAUAAGUACAUGUCGGAGCACCAUAACAUGGUGUGGGAAGUGAAGACAAAUCAGAUGCCUAAUGCAGUACAGAAACUCCUGUUGGUAAUGGAUAAGAGAGCUUCAGGAAUGAAUGACUCAUUGGAGUUGCUGCAGUGUAAUGAAAAUUUGCCAUCCUCACCCGGCUAUAACUCCUGUGAUGAACACAUGGAGCUUGAUGACCUUCCUGAACUUCAGGCUGUUCAAAGUGAUCCUACCCAAUCUGCCAUAUACCAGCUAAAUUCAGAUGUUUCACAUCAAGAAUAUCCGAGACCAUCUUGGAACCAAAAUACCUCAGACAUAUCAGAAAGUACUUACCGUGAAAAUGAGGUGGAUUGGCUAACAGAAUUAGCAAAUAUCGCCACCAGUCCACAAAGUCCACUUAUGCAGUGCUCAUUUUACAACAGAUCAUCUCCUGUACACAUCAUAGCUACUAGCAAAAGUUUACAUUCCUAUGCACGCCCUCCCCCCGUGUCCUCUUCUUCUAAGAGCGAGCCAGCCUUCCCUCACCACUGGAAGGAGGAAACACCAGUCAGACAUGAAAGGGCAAAUAGUGAGUCAGAAUCUGGCAUUUUCUGCAUGUCCUCCCUCUCAGAUGAUGAUGAUUUGGGAUGGUGCAAUUCCUGGCCUUCAACUGCUUGGCACUGUUUUUUGAAAGGCACACGACUGUGCUUUCAUAAGGGAAGCAAUAAGGAAUGGCAGGAUGUUGAAGAUUUUGCUAGAGCUGAAGGCUGUGAUAAUGAGGAAGAUCUCCAAAUGGGCACUCACAAGGGCUAUGGUUCCGAUGGCCUGAAGCUGUUAUCACAUGAAGAAAGUGUAUCAUUUGGCGAGUCUGUACUGAAGUUGACUUUUGAUCCUGGUACAGUAGAAGAUGGUUUACUAACUGUAGAGUGUAAGCUGGACCACCCUUUCUAUGUUAAAAAUAAAGGUUGGUCAUCGUUUUAUCCAAGUUUGACUGUGGUACAGCAUGGCAUUCCAUGUUGUGAAAUUCAUAUUGGUGAUGUAUGUCUACCUCCUGGACACCCCGAUGCCAUUAAUUUUGAUGAUUCAGGUGUUUUUGAUACAUUUAAAAGCUAUGACUUCACACCUAUGGAUUCUUCUGCAGUCUAUGUGCUAAGUAGUAUGGCUCGCCAACGUCGUGCGUCUCUGUCAUGUGGAGGAUCUGGAGGUCAAGACUUUGCAAGAUCUGGAUUCAGUAAAAACUGUGGCUCACCUGGAUCAUCACAGCUCUCUUCCAAUUCUUUGUAUGCUAAAGCUGUCAAAAAUCACAGCUCAGGGACUGUGAGUGCCACCUCUCCUAACAAGUGCAAAAGACCAAUGAAUGCCUUCAUGCUUUUUGCCAAAAAAUACAGAGUUGAAUAUACUCAGAUGUAUCCAGGGAAAGAUAACAGAGCCAUAAGUGUGAUCCUUGGUGACAGGUGGAAGAAAAUGAAGAAUGAAGAGAGAAGGAUGUAUACAUUAGAAGCAAAGGCUUUGGCUGAAGAACAAAAACGUUUAAAUCCUGACUGUUGGAAAAGGAAAAGAACCAAUUCAGGCUCACAACAACAUUAAACCAGGAUGCUUAUAUUAAGUCUGCAUUUGCAUAAGCAUAGACUGUUGAUGGGAAGACUUAAGAGGAUGUGUUUUCACCAUUUGUCCGGAAUUCGUGUGACCAUAAGAUACUGAUAGCAUUGAGUCUUCAAAUGAUUUAAUAAUAAGCGUGAGGAUUUGCUUUCUCCAUUAGAGCAUUAAGCUAAAACUAUCAACAUUGUAAACCAAAUUGCCUUAUUUUUCUUCCAAAUUUCACAUGUCUAUCAGGUAACAUAGGCUUGAAAAUUUAAAUCCUGUGGUGCUAAAGUACAGUAGAGAGAGGAGAAGUGUGUACAUGUUUUAUUUUAAAUUGUACAAAAGGGGAACUUAAAAAUAUAUAACUGCUGUUUAUA